UCCCACUUCCUGAGCCUGGCGCUGGAGCCCUGGAGGCCAGGCCAGCCCGGCCGCUCUGGCCCCCCGGGGCAGUUCGGCCUGAGUCCUGUCCCAGCCCCGGGCUCCGGAGGCUGCUGUCACCACUGCCCCAAGGGCCAGGCCUCUCACCUUACCCCCAGGCCUCCACCCGGCUGGACUGGCGGCCAUGCGCCCGCUGUGGGCCUCCCCCUGCGGCCUGGCCUGGGGGCCACUCGUACUAGGCCUCUGCGGUCUCCUGACAGCAUCCCAGCCCCGACUGUUGCCCCCAUACCACACGGAGAACCAAACCUGCCGGGACCAGGAAAAGGAAUACUACGAACCCAAGCAUCAGGCCUGCUGCUCCCGCUGCCCCCCAGGCACUCACGUCUCCGCUGAAUGUAGCCGUGACCAGGACACCGUGUGUGCCACGUGCCCUGAAAACUCCUACAACGAGCACUGGAACCAUCUGUCCAUCUGCCAGCUGUGCCGCCCCUGUGACCAGAUCCUGGGCUUCCAGGAGACUGCGCCUUGCACUAGCAAACAGAAAACCCAGUGCCACUGCCAGCCAGGAAUGUUCUGCGUCCGUUGGGACCAUGAGUGUAUACACUGCGAGCCACUCUCCGACUGCCCACCGGGCACUGAAGCUGAGCGCAAAGGUGAGGCUGGGGAGGCUAAUCACCACUGUGUGCCCUGUAAGGCAGGGCACUUCCAGAACACCUCCUCCCCGGAUGCCAGCUGCCUGCCCCACACCAGGUGUGAGGACCUGGGCCUGGUAGAAGCAGCGCCAGGCACUGCCCAGUCUGACACCAGCUGCAGAAAUCCACCAGAAACCCCCGAGAUGCCAGGAACUAUGCUGAUGCUGGCCAUCCUGCUGCCCCUGGUCUCCCUGCUGUUCCUCUCCACCAUCCUCGCCUGCACCUGGAAGAGCCACCCGUCUCUCUGCAGGAAGCUGGGGUCCCUGCUCAAGAGCCGUCCAGAGGGAGAAGAAUCCAAUAUUGCUGAUGGAAACUGGCAGCCUCCAAGCAUCAACCCACAUAUCCCUGACCUGGUAAAGCCACUUCUGCCCAUCCCUGGAGACUUGCCCCUGGCCUCAGCCUGGCCCCCACCACCCCCAGUUGUGGAGCAAGAGGUGCUACAACAGCAGAGUCCUCUGAGCCAGGCCCGGGAGCUGGAAGCUGAGCUCCCAGAGCAAGGCCAGGUGGCCCACGGUACCAAUGGCUUUCAUGUCACCGGCGGGUCUGUGACUGUCACUGGCAAUAUCUACAUCUACAAUGGACCAGUACUGGGGGGAGCACGAGGCCCUGGAGACCCCCCUGCGCCCCCGGAGCCUCCAUACCCCAUUCCUGAAGAGGGUGCCCCUGGUCCUCCCGGGCUCUCUACACCCUACCAGGAAGAUGGCAAAGCUUGGCACCUGGCCGAGACAGAGACACUGGGAUGCCAAGACCUCUGACAGGACCAAGGACCCAAUCUGUCACCCAUGCCUCAUGGUGUCUGGAAGAAGCCAGGAGAAGGGAGGCACAAGAGCACCUUCUCCCCGAGGCUGCCCUGCCCACACAGGAUUGACAGGGGGCCUGGGUAGGGCCCCUGAGAGGCGAGCCCGAAGGGGCCAGGCCUCAGACACCUCCGAGAGCAGGGCCGGGCACUGGCUGGGUACGGUGCCCGCCACAGGACUCUCACUACUGCCUGAACAGGCCUGAGACUUCAUUGCAGAUCCCCUGGCCACUGGAGCUGCACCAGCUCAGCUUCAGGCAGACAGAGCACAUGAUGCCUGCUGCUGCCCACCAUGGCGCUCUGCACCCAAAGCAUGGCACAGAAGGAAGCCAGCUCCUGUCACUUGCAAGGACAUCACUGGGACCUCUGACAGAUCCGUGGCACUCAUCCCAAGCUCCAGAGGCCCUUUGAGGACCUGCACUUCACAUGGACUGAGGUAGACCCUAUGUGAAGAUGGGGUUACAUGGAGCACCACCCCUCUCCUCUGGAGAAGAAAGGGAGUCAUUAAAAACUGGGGGGUUGGGUAGGGUUGCUAGGUAAAAGGAGAGUUUCGGAGGGGAAGUAAAAUGGCAAGUGUAUUUAUAAAUUGUAACCACAUGCAAAUAAAGUGGAGAUUGAGACCUA